AUGCACACUGGGAGGCAGGCCCUGCCACUCGCAGCAGCAGCAUGGAUGCUCCUCCAUGGUGCGGUAGCUGCUCCCAAACCCGGCCUGGGCCAGCUACCACCCCCGGAGGCCUUAAGAUCGGCAGGUCUAGCUAGUGCAGCUUUGUCUUCAUCCCUAGCUGCGAUUAUGGCAUCUGGGGUUCCUCCUGCAACUCAUACAGUUACUGUCCCAUCUGUGGUUCCCCCUGCAACUCAUACAGUUACUGUACCAUCUGGAGGAACUGCUACUGAGUCACUCCCAAAAACAGCGCCGACUGGAGUGGCUACUCAGUCACCCCCAGCCACAGCACCGACUGGAGGAGCUGCUACUGAACCACCCCCAACAAGAGCGCCAACUGGAGGGGCUACUCGGCCACCCCCAGCAACAGCACCGACUGGAGGAGCUGCUACUGAAUCACUCCCAACAACAGCGCCAACUGGAGGGGCUACUCAGUCCCAUCCAGCUACUGCUUCAUCUGAAGUAGUGGCUACUGAGUCACGCCCAGGUAUCUCCCCGGCCGGAGGAGUUGCUUCAACUGCCCCUCCGGUGUUUCCCCCAGCUGGUGGAGGUGUCCCUGCCUCUGAGGGACCGAGAUUCUCUCCUGCUGGGGGUGGCGUGCCUGCCAGUGCAUCGACCCCUGUCACAGUCUCCGCGCCUCCCUUUCAGUCUCCAUUUGCGCCCAUGGUCGUGACGCAAGCCUGUCCACCAUGUCCCGCUCCUGCCGCGCCGACCUGCGCACCCUGUCUGGCUCCUGGCACGAGUACUGCUACUACCACCGUCACCGUUACUGAGACAGUUUGCCCUGGUCCUCAGAUUCCUCAAGGAGCGGGUGGCUCAACCGCAUCUCCAAGCGUUCCCGCCAUUUCACCUCAGUUUACUGCAACGGGUCCUGGCGCCCUAUCUCCGACAGCCGCGGGCCCUGGUGCUCCACAGGGCCCAGCCGUGACAGGGACACACAUUUCGAGUGCCCCUCAGGCUCCUAGCGAAGGCGCAGGCGCAACUGCGGGACCCUCAACUCGGCCAGCGACUUCGGCUACUGGGGUUCCCGGAGUACCGCAAAGUCCCGGAGGCGGAGGCGCAGCCGUAGGACCUACAACAACUCUGCCAGUGACCUCAGCUACCGGGAUUCCUAACAUCCCGCAUGGUCCUGGAGGACGCCCAAUUGGAUUCGCCAACACCACUUCAAUCCACGUUGUAGCUACAACUACAGAAACCAUCGUUUCAACUGUUCUCCUCCCCACUAAUGGGGUUGGAGUUGCGACAUCAGUUGCUGCUCAAACUUCCAGACUUGCUGUGAGUACAGGAACCAGUUUCGCAAACGUCACACGCACUGCCGGGGCCGGACCAACUGAAUUGCCGAGUGUGACCUUGACCCCUGCCAUACCUACAGGCCCUGGCGUCUCUAACAUCACUCGUACUGUUGGGGGAGGUGUGCCUGUCUUAACUCCUACUAUCGCCACGAGUCCCCCGACACCAACCAGACCAGGCGGAACAGCACCACCAGGCGGAGGCUUUGCCACGCUGACCAGGCCGGGUGGAACAGCAGCAGCACCAGGUGGAACAUCAUUACCUGGCGGAGCAGCAGCACCGGGCGGAGCAGCAGCAGGGGGAGCGCUAACAGCUGUAAUACCCGGCGGAAGUAGCACUGCCACCUCUACUACCACCACCAUCCAAGUCGUCCAAACGUUAUCCGUUCUUCCUAGCCGCCCUCUCCCUCCGCAAACACAAGGGAAUACGGCUACACGUCCGGCAACCACGAGCACAGUGAUCGGAGCAAGGACACCGCAGCCUACUCCCGCUGUUGAUCCAAAGAAGCGGACAGUGGCAGAAAAGACAGACCUCGCCCGGCCCGAUAAACUCAAGGCGAAUCCUAUUGUGUUCCGCCGUCGGACUUGA